AUGUCUCACAACAUUGCAGCCAGGGAAGGUGGUUGGUUGCUCAGCCAAAGGGGGCGCUGCCGCUGCAUCGUCGAUCCAGUCCCCCGGGACGCUAAGGCAAGAGAGCCAACAUCUUGGUUCACCUUGACUGCCUCAGUCGCUCCUCUCCUCACACCAUCGUCAAACCUGUCGGAUCUGCCCGUAAAAUGGGGUAUUAGCAAGCAAGACGUCGACGUCGGAGAGCAAGACCUGUACACGAAAUCUAAAGAUGGCCGCUUCUCUUGUCAACUGGAGAAUUCGCGAUUUUUCGGCCUUCUCAUAACAAGCGCGAUUAGUUCAAUUCUAGUUGUAGCGGAGCAACAAAAUUGGGUGUUAUCUCCAUCUCUAUACAACUUCGUGGACAACAACAGAGCUUCGACCCAAAUUGUUGUACAGUUGCUUUCAAAUGCUUUUGCGUUCUUUCAGGUCACUAUGUUGUGCACGUUGGUCAAUCGAGCCACGAGACUGCGCUUCAACCGGACUAAAGCUUCAUUGAACAACCUUCAAUUUUGGUCCCAUCUGUGCACACCGAGCAUAAUUUGGCGUCUGCCUCUCGAAUAUCUACUACCUCUCUUGUUGUUCAUGGGCAUAACGGUGAUUCCCUCUACGCUUUGGGCAGGUGCUUUGUCAUUGGUUACUCUCUUCAAGACUCGCACAUUCGGUAUUAUGAUUCCUUCAUACGAUAAUACGUCACUCAUACAUGAGUAUCCUUCUGAGUCUGAGAACGCGGCCCAGGUUUCAGAGGCCAGAAAUUCAAAAGGGGUAUUUUCUUAUAAUGUCGGCGUCACAAUGGAAGGCGCUCUUCUAUCCACAGCAUCCUCUGCCACGACUGUGGAUAGAAGCCCACGAAAACAUGUCAAGCUUGACAAUUCAGGUCUCGCCUAUAUCGGUACACUACCGAAUAGCAACGGCGUGGGAGAACGCUCGACAUAUAUCGGCCGUGAUGACGCACCAUCCAUCGUUGCUACUGGAGUAGCUGCGGCCCAAGCAAAUGUGUUCGGUCGACUACAUCCCAACACUGUUCAAUAUCACCUUCGAUGUCAAAGCAAAACAUAUCACUGUUCUUCCAGUAUCAAGCAGCUAAAAUAUGAACUUAGAAGGCAAUCUUGCCCAUGCCUCGACCCACCAAUUGGAGCUCAUCUCAAACGACCAAACAAAUCUUUUCAGUCGCUGUUGGGGGACUCUUUCAUGAGCAGCAUUAAGAACUACAACAUCUCGCAAGGCAAUUCCAGUACCCCACUGACGGAAGCAACAUUCACUCCUGCCCGAGGCACAUAUUCCGUCUCCGCGAUGCUGGAUGACAUUCUCGUUGGCGCGCAACCCAUGGUUGGGAACCAGUCGACGGUAACAGAAGCGGUGGUCACCAGUAUGGAACUUAAAAUUGGACAGAGAGUUUACAUCUAUGCUGUGUUUGCUUUUAAUUUGGUGGUUGUGAUAAUAGCGUUCGAAGAGGCGAUUAGGACGAUGUUUUGGAGGGAAUUGGGGAAAUGGAAUUACAUGGACAUUGAGGCUGUGAUUAUGAGUAGUUGGAACGGCAGCAGAAACAUUGCAGAGACUUUCAGUAAUAAAGCGCUGGAGAAUGGGAAGGAGGGAUGA